AAAGAUGGCCAAGGGAUUGGCGAAGUCAUCUUUUCUUUCUCCAACAAUGUGGUGGCCCAAAAGAAGUUCAAGUUUGUAAUAAAGCCCAGAAUUUCUACUACUAUUUGCCUAUAUCCCUAAUUUGUGGCUUUCAUCUUUAAUUUUGUGCUUUUUAAUUAAUUUCCGGAUAUACAAUCUUCCUGUUUUGUUCGAAAUUUGAAGUUCGCGUGCGAGAAUCGUCGUAAUUCUUUCUGCAUCUUUUGCGUGUCGAGUACUUGGAGAAUUGGGAAAAUGAGCGACCCAUGUGAAACUUCAAUGGCUGCUGAUGACAAUCAAGCCCCAGAGGAUGAUGUGAAAGAAAGAUGUUGGGAUCAAAGAGAAGCAUUGCCUGGAGAACCUCAGUGUAUUAUAUGUGGCCGCUAUGGGGAAUAUAUAUGUGAUGAGACUGAUGAUGAUAUUUGCAGCCUUGAGUGUAAAAGGACUCUUCUUAGUCGGGUAGCAAAAUUAGAGGCUUCAUCUACAUGUGCUCAACCUCCUACUGUCAGACUACCAGCAGUGGAUGAGUGCUACUAUGUUCAAGAUGGAAAUAAUGUGUCACAACCUCAAUUACUAUCCAACAGCCAGACUGAGUUGCUCAGGAGAAAACUUGAAAUAUCUGUACGGGGAGAUAGGGUCCCGGAACCCAUUCUGUCUUUUGGUUCUUGUAAUCUUCCUCAGAAGCUUCUUCAAAAUUUAGAAGCUGCAGGAUAUGAAAUGCCAACGCCUGUCCAAAUGCAGGCCAUCCCAUCUGCAUUGAUUGGCCGGAGCAUGCUUGUUUUAGCUGAAACGGGAUCUGGAAAAACCUGUUCCUUCCUAGUCCCAAUAGUUUCUUAUUGUGCAAAGGUCAAAAACAACCCAUGGAAACCAUUAGCCAUGGUUCUCACACCUACUAGAGAGCUUUGUAUACAGGUGGAGGAACAAGCAAAGGUGCUUGGUAAAGGUCUGCCCUUUAAGACUGCUCUAGUGGUUGGUGGUGAUGCCAUGGCAGGACAAGUAUAUCGUAUCCAGCAAGGAGUGUCAAUGAUUGUGGGGACUCCGGGAAGACUCAUUGAUCUUCUCACCAAGCAUGAUUUUGGGUUGGAUAGUAUAUCAAUCCUUGUCCUUGAUGAAGUUGAUUGCAUGAUCCAAAGGGGAUUCCGGGAGCAAGUCAUGCAAAUUUUCCAGGCUCUAUCCCAGCCACAAGUCUUAAUGUACUCUGCAACUGUUACAAAAGAAGUAGAGAGGAUAGCAGGCUCAAUGGUGAAAGAUCUUACUUUUAUAUCAGUUGGAAAGCCUAACAACCCUAAUGAGGCUGUUAAACAGUUGGUGAUAUGGGUGGAGUCAAACAAGAAGAAGCAAAAGCUUUUUGACAUACUGACAAGCAAGCAGCAUUUUAAGCCACCGGUCGUGGUUUUUGUGGGUUCAAGACUUGGGGCAGAUCUCCUUUCAGAAGCAAUAACAAUUACAACUGGGGUGAAAGCUCUUUCUAUCCAUGGAGAGAAAACCACGAAAGAAAGAAGAGAUAUAUUAAGGUCAUUUUUGGUUGGAGAAGUUGAUGUGAUUGUGGCCACAGGAGUGUUGGGCCGAGGGGUUGAUCUCCUGUCAGUGAAGCAGGUUAUUGUGUUUGACAUGCCAAAUUCCAUGAAGGAGUAUGUGCACCAGAUUGGAAGGGCCUCAAGAAUGGGAAAAGAGGGCAUGGCGAUGGUGUUUGUAAAUGAGGAGAAUAAGAAACUAUUUCCUGAGUUGGUUCAAAUUCUUAAAUCAUCCGGUGCUGCCAUUCCUCGUGAGCUUGCUAACUCGCGAUAUACAGUACACUCUUUAUCAGCAGGCAAGUAUCAAAAGAAAAGGAAGCAUGGCUAUUGAAGACCAACGAGAGUGAUAGUGCCUAUUUAUCUGGAACAAAAUAUUGUUCAAUUUGGAGUUGCAAAGAAGUAAAGGAAGAGUUUCGUAAUCCCAAGGCCCUUGUUGGCGUGCCCUGAAUGAGCACUGAAAAGGAUGAACAGAAGUACAGUAAAAAGAUCCUGCCAGAAUUUGAGGGGGAGUUGGGUGGUCUGUAUGCUGAAGUCUUCAAUAGCCAGCAAAAUGCCUUCUGUUCAGGCAAAUUCAAUUCAGAUUAAAAGUACUUCUACCCACCGCAAUUUACCAUGCUGUUAUCUAGCUGCGGUAAUUCUCCGUUCACCAAAAAAGAAUCCAAACCGGCUCAUUGGCCCUGCAGAGAGGUUCAUCUGUGCUAAAUUUACCACACUACUCCAGAUCCCAGAACUUGAGGUACAAAGAUAGAUAACUACUCUGUUCCUUCUUCCUUGUUAUUUAAUGGAGUGUUUUCCUGGCUUAUGGUUUUCCAAUUCGAGGGUGAAUCAUUCCUAUGCCUCAAGAUCUUCCUAUCCCCACUUAACUAUGGGCCCAGAGCGAAAUUUUCCACGACCAACCUCAUUAAUCAUGGCCCCAUGGAGACGGUUACUGCCUUUCUAUUGAGGCAGGCUUUCUCUGGCUGCUGCUAUGCAUAAUGCCCUUGUUGUGUUUGAAGUAUUUUGAAGGAGAAGGUGAAGGCGUUGUAGCAGAAUCAUACCAUUUCCUUUCCUACCAAUUUUUGUUAAUCUUUUACAAAUAUUUCGUUCUUGCCAUUUGCUAUGGCAGUAAAUGCGCAUCACUUCAUCUUUUGCUUUUGCCAUCACUGCCGCAACCUGAAGGUGCUGAUCACUGUGAAGUGACAAGUGGAACAAA